AUGGAGACCGAUAACAUAGAUGUUCUUGGUGAUUGCAUUGUAUCGCUAAACAAUUGCAACCAAUCGCUCUCCCAUGGGAUUAAAUCCAUUGAUAGAAUACUUCAUCCAGAUGACCAAGAGGAUGAUGAAUUUCAGCGGCUUGCUCGGAUCAUCCGUCUCAAGAAAGUCUAUAAGAUCUAUCCCAUCAGUUAUAUCAAUGAGCAAAUAUCCGAUUACAAUAGCAUUAAAAACAAUCGGAUCUUGGCGCUGAUCGAAACUAUUGAGAAGUUAAAUGAAUUGAAAUAUAAAGAGAAAGAAAAUCAGAUGGGAUUUGUUGAGUUGUUGCAGAAUCGGCUCGAGCAAUUUGUUAACCAUAAGAAACGCGAGAAUACUCGGACAUCUAUUGAAUUAUCAGCAUCGCAGGAACGUGAAGAUUUGGAAGAAGCUGACAACUAUCAUCAUUUGACUGAUGAGGAGAAAAAAGAGUUAGAAAUUUUGCAAGAGCAAAUUGAUACAUAUCGAUUCCAAGUGUCAAAAAUUCAAUUGCAAAAGCUGCGAAGACCUUGA